AUGGCUCCAAAGAUACAACAAACCAAAGCCGCCAAGGCCGCUGCUGCCUUGGCCGGUGGUAAGAAGGGUAAGAAGAAGUGGAACAAGGGAAAGGUUAAGGACAAGGCUCAACACGUCAUCACCUUGGACCAAGAGAAGUACGACAGAAUCAUGAAGGAAGUUCCAGGAUUCAAGUUCGUUUCCGUCUCCGUGUUGGUGGACAGAUUAAAGAUUGGUGGUUCCAUGGCCAGAGUUGCCUUGAAGCACUUGGAGGCUGAGGGUAUCAUUGUCCCAGUUCUUAAGCACUCUAAGCAAGCCAUCUACACUCGUGCCCAAUAA